AUGUUCUCUGUGGUGUUCAUUGGUUUUGUGUGCCUGUGUUUCCGAUUGUGCGUCGUUGUCGGAGCUCGUGGGCUUUAUAUUAUGCUACGCUUUUCGUGGUGAUGGUGCCCAGCGAUGGCCCUGCCCGAGUGGUGAUAUUCAGCGAAGCUCUGGUUCCGCUUAUCCUAAUAGUUCCGACAAAAAGGCGUCCAUUCGUCCGCGCGCUCUCGUCCUGCUGCGACGGUGGUGGUGUCGGCUCCCCGAUGCCCGCUAAGCCUAACUGUUGCCCGCAGCUACCGCAGUGGUGCUCCUGAUCGGCUUCGUGUACGAUACAGCUUAUCUGAAGACUCAUCCUCUCUACUGGCGCGCGAUCACUAGUACUGUGCUGCACCGCUGAGAAUAAACAACUACGACUGAUGUUCAGGUGCCGGAGCGCAGAUUUUGGAGCAUCUGUGUGACCCUCCCAGCUGCUGUGUUGUGACGAGGACGUGAUCGAUUCCGUGUGCCCAGACGCUGUCUAGCGGAAACACCGGCGUCUCCUCGAAUACGUGCGUGUGUGGUGUGCUUUCCGUGUUUCCUGGCGUCGUUUUUUUUUUUUUUUUUUCGUCUCGGUAACUUACCUGCCUUGACUGCGCUCCUGUGGCGUGGUUUGCAACGGGUGACAUGGCCGGGAGCUUCGAUCCGUACGAUAAGAACAGCUGGUUCUUUGGGCCUAUGUCCCGGCAGGAGGCGUCGGACCUGCUGAUGGCCGAGAAUGAAGUGGGUGUUUUCUUGGUCCGCAACAGUACCACCAUAUCAGGCGACCUGGUGCUUUGCGUUCGGGAAGAGAACAAGGUGAGCCACUACAUAGUGAACCGGGUGACACAGUUGGAGCAGACACGGUUCCGCAUUGGGGACCAGAUGUUCCCUGACAUACCGUCCCUGCUGAACUUCUACAAGCUGCACUACUUGGACACUACGCCACUCGUGAGGCCGGCUGCAAAGAAAGUGGAGAAAGUGAAAGCCAAAUACGACUUUGACGGGAGUGGUGACGCUGAUGACCUGCCUUUCAGAAAGGGUGAGGUACUGACAGUCAUCUCCAAAGAUGAAGACCAGUGGUGGACUGCACGCAACACUCUUGGGCACACAGGGUCCAUUCCUGUGCCAUAUGUUGAAAGGAUCGAUGAUGCCCAACUGCCCAACGAUGGCCACGGAUGGAACGGACCUGCAUCACCCCAGUUGGGAUCACCACCCGUGGCACCGCCAGCCGCCCGGAAUGCACCUGCUGGUGACCCCAUCAAGUACAACACCCCAUCCAAUGUGCAGAGGAAGCUGCCUGCCAGGGCCAGGGUGAAACAAGCUCGUGUUCCAAAUGCCUACGACAAGACAGCUCUCAAGUUGGAGGUUGGCGACAUCAUCACGGUGACCAAGACCAACAUCAACGGCCAGUGGGAAGGGGAGCUCAAAGGUCGUGUCGGACACUUUCCAUUCACACACGUCGAGUUCAUCGACUCGGAGAACCCGGACGAUGACGAAUCGUAGCUUCUUCAUUGCAACUCUUGCCAACUUUGCUCC